AUGAUCAUUCCGUUCACUUCCCUAUUUGCUCCGUGGGCCGUCUGGGCCGGAUUAAUAGCGUUUGAUAUUCAGCCAAUUAUCUUGCUGAAUAAUCUGCUUUUUACGGGUUUCUGCUCGCACGGCGUUCUGAAUUCCUUGACGCUAAUGUUGAUUUAUCGUCCUUACCGUACCGAGGCGCUGAAGCUGAUAUUUAGGAUAAGAUGCCUGUCGCGGAAAAACAAAGUGACUUUCGUGCUUGUGUCUGAUAUUGGAACCACGCAGACGAUAAAA